UUCCUGGAAGCGCCUCUGAGCGCGGAGGGGGCGGAGCCUUUACGCGCAUCGGCUUCAUUCCCAAACGACCAAACGACCUCCAGUAACCUUUACGCGGCCGCGGACACGGCUGCAGAGACCGACGCAUUCCUCCGCAGGGGAAGAACCUCUCUCUCUGGAUACUCUGCUUCUGGGUUUUAAUGCCUGAGUUGGUCCUUCCUUUAGCACUACUCUCGGGUAGUUUGCGUGUUUUUUCUUUGCUGCGGUGCGGGGCUGAACAGAUCCGCAAGCUGUGUUUAGGUGCUCUCUCACAGCCCCUCUCUGGAUGCAUCAGACCCCUCUGCCCCGGGGCCCUGGACCCGGUGUGUGACCCGGACGCCCUCACCCCGUCCCCCUCUCUUUCCUCACUCUCUGCCCCGAACCCCUUCCCACCCGUCCGCCUCGGCGCUCCAGUUCUGGGCCCCCUGCCUCUCGACCGGCGGGCGGAGGCAGGGGGCCAUGGCGCCAUGGUAGCCCUCAGCGGACGCAUCCCCCUCGCCAUGAGCAGCGUGACCCCUCCGGAGGGCGGCGUCCAGGGGUCAAACUCUACCCUGCAUCACUACAAGCCCUUCAGCUCGCACGCACACUACCAGCAGGUGAUGCGAGCGUUGCGUAAGCUGAAGGAGAGUGGGUUCUACUGGGGGGGUGGGGGCCGGGAAGCCAGCGCCCUGCUGCGCUCCGAACCGCCCGGAACCUUUCUGAUCCGCGACUCCUCGGACCACCACCACUUCUUCACCCUCUCUGUCCAGACGGCCCGGGGGACCAAGAACCUCCGCAUCCACAGCGAAGGAGGCGGCUUCUUCCUGCAGCCGGACCCCCAAAACACCCAAGAGCCCCCGCAGUUUGAUUGCGUGCUGAAACUCAUAGCGCACUACAUGGGGAAAGGGCCGGAUGCUGGAAGAGGCAGAGAAGGGGCAGUGGGGGGUGCACGGGAGACGGAGAGGAAAGGGUGCAGCGUAUAUCUGAUCCACACCAGCGGAGAGAGGAUUCCCUUGGAACUGCGGCGGCCCCUCUCGAGUUCUCUCUCCUCCCUGCAGCACAUGUGCAGGAGGACCCUGAACAAUCUGGGGGGGUCGGAGGGCGCCGAGCAGCUCCCUCACCCGCUCAGAGACUUCCUGGAGGAGUACGACGCUCCUAUAUGACUGAAGGGAACCGCAGAAGUUCCACCACAUGGACCAGUUGCCCCGCGGGAGGUCGGCACAGACCAGCUCUCAGUGAGAGAGAGUCACCUGACCUCGG